AUGGGGCCGGGAUUUCUCAUCGACGAUUACGCAGAUAGUAGUAGUACGGUGUUGGAUCAGUCAGGUUCGGCCUGCAAGGGGGAAGCGUGGAUGAUGCGCGCCUUCAUUCUUCUUACGAGCAGAAUGUCAGGCGAAUCCCGGUCGCCUUGCCACACUAUCCUUCCUCCCCCCCCACCAACACCACCACGCUUGUUCCCUAGUGAACUCCUGCAGUCGAAGCCUUCUUUGCAGCAAGGCCCAGGGGUACAUGCUCACUCGAUCCUCCUCAUUUCCCGCUUUCUAUCCGUCUACGAAAGAAACUCUCGCCCCUUCCCCGUCAAUGGCUUUGCAACCAUCCAGCCCAUCCGAAAGUCCCCUCGGUCUCAUUCGACCAACGACUGGCGUGGGACAAAACAAAACAUUGACAGCUCCGUUCGGACUAUCUGGUGCAGCAAUUCAGCGGGUGCCACACUACCCUUCUGGGCCACGGGCGUUUAG